AUGAUAUCGUUAGCUAACUCGUCGCAGUUCCAUCGCCCAUUCUCCUGGAUCAACUCCCGAAUCAAAGUCUACGAUCCUCUCGAUGUCACCACCGCCAUACAUACCUCUCCAACCGCUCUCCAAAAUACAACCCCCGGCUCUCUUGUACAGGCCGAAGUCUCAUCGAAUGCACGUGUCUCACCCCUCGGGCUCGACGAGAUGCGUGUGAUUGGUGAAGCCCAACAACAAUGGGCGCCACUGCGACGGAAAUAUAAUUUAUUUACGUACCACCAAUCUCCGAACCCCGAAACGGACAUGGGCUCCCAGCAAUUUCCUCUCUCAGGGUCAGAUCUAUCCCAAGCACAAAAGUUACAACUUGCGCAAACUUCCAAUCAAGGGCAGGGCGAUUUCAAUCAGUUUGCUUACGUUGAUGAGCCCUUUUUAUCCUGGGACUUUUCUCUGCGGUCCGCUGAAAACCGCUUGAUUGGAUCUGUUAACCGCGACUUUGCCGGUUUCGCGCGCGAGUUCUUCACUGACACUGGUGUCUAUGCCCUACGAAUGGACUCAGCAGGUGUUGGCUCCGAAGCCUCUCCCACUGGCAGCAGCACGCCGACCGGAAUGACCCUUGAUCAACGUGCUGUGAUGCUGGCAACAGCCGUCAGUGUUGAUUUCGAUUACUUCAGUAGGCACAGCGGAGCAGGUGGCUUCGGUUUUAUGCCACUUUGGAUUCCGGGCAUGGGUGGUGAGGCUGCUGGUGGAGCUGCUGCUGGUGAAGCUGCCGGGGCAGUCGGUGGUGCUGCAGCCGGUGGCGCCGCUGCUGGUGAAGCUGGAGCUAUUGGUGAAGCUGCCGCGGGCACUCUAGGAAGAGCGGGAGCUGCUGGUGGUAUGGGAGAUGGAAUGGCUGCAGGUGUAACAGGGGCUGGGGCCAUGGCUGGAUAUGAGGCGAUGCAAAGAGGAUUUUCCGGCGACCAAAGCUCCCAAUCUGUCCCACCUGGGGAAGCAGCUAGCCAGCAAUCGGCCGACCAACCGGAUUUCUACCAUGACUACAGCCCCCCCCUGGUGAGCAGAAGGAGGAUGUAUGGGGUCAAGAAGAGGACCCAUGGAGCGAUGGAGAUGAUGGCGGUGGUGGUGGUGAUGACUUUGACUGGUUUUGAUUCACGAAUUCUGUGA